AUGUCUUGUGCAAUCCUCAUCACUGGCGCCACCGGAAAACAAGGCGGCGCCGUUAUCAAUGCCCUUCUUGCCAAAAGUUCUUCCAACUUUCUCCUUCUCGCAGUCACUCGCAACAAAGAGUCAGCUUCCGCAAAGAAACUAGUGGCCAAUUCCUCCAAUAUCAAGCUCGUCGAAGGCGAUCUUGACUCGAUUCCUGCUCUCUUCCAGGCCGCUAAGCGAGCCGCGGGAACCGUGCCUAUCUGGGGUGUUUACUCUGUUCAGCUUUCCAUGGGCAAGGGCGUUACCCUGGAAGGUGAAGUCCGCCAAGGCAAGGGCCUCAUCGAUGAAUCCAUCAAGGCGGGUAUCAAGCAUUUUGUUUAUUCCAGUGUCGACCGUGGUGGUGAUGAAAAGUCUUGGACCGACGCAACAGUCGUUCCCCAUUUCAAGACCAAACACGAGAUUGAGCAUCAUUUACGCGACUCCACAAACAAAGGAAAGAGUUCUAUGAACUGGACCAUUCUACGUCCUACCGCAUUCAUGGAAAAUCUCGAGCCUGUUUUCGCCACGAAAGUCUUUCUCACCAUGAUCCGCGACACUCUAAAGGACAAGCCUCUCCAAUGGGUCGCCACUGAAGAUAUUGGCUAUUUUGCUGCAGAAGCCUUCAUUAACCCUCAGGAUUGGAGCAAGAAAGCCAUUAGCAUAACUGGCGACGAGCUCACUUUUGCUCAACUGAGCGAGGCUUUUGAGCAUGCGACCGGCGGCCCUGCAGGAACUACAUUCGGGAUCCUGGGCAAGGCUUUGAAAGUGGGUGUGAAGGAAAUUGGAAUCAUGGUCAACUGGUUCAGAGAUGAAGGAUACGGAGCUGAUCUUUCCAAAGUCCGACAAUUGAACCCUGGUACCAAGACUAUGGAACAAUGGGUCAAGACCAGCGCUUUCGUAAGCCGCUGA